CUACCGCGGCAUACUGAGUCAGUGAUUGUGUAUGAACCAGGCAGUGAGCUAAGGUGGUCCAUCAUCGUCGAGCUUUGAAUCGAGUAAAAGGCUAUCUGUUCAAACCUUCGAAUUUGCGCGAUAUAAUGAAGGUCCUAUUAGUAUUCAGUGCGGUCUGCGCAGUGUCCUUGGCAAGGCCGGAACCACCAUCGUACCUUCCACCAUCCAGCUUUGGUUCCUCCUCGUCCUACGGCCCCCCGGCACCAUCACUACCCAGCGCGAGUUACGGUUCUCCGGUUGUCCAGGAAUCGUACGGACCUCCAGCCCAGCAGGCUGUGAUCCACAAACACGUCUACGUCCACGUACCACCGCCAGAAGCCCCGGAGUACAAAGCCCCUAAGCCCGUAUACCAGCCUCCACCACCCCAGAAGCACUACAAAAUCGUCUUCAUCAAGGCACCUACCCCACCAACCCCAACUGCUCCAGUACUACCACCUCUGCCACCACAGGAUGAGGAAAAGACUCUGAUCUACGUCUUGGUCAAGAAGCCAGAAGAGGCGCCAGAGGUCGUUCUUCCGACUCAACAGCCUACUCAACCAAGCAAACCGGAAGUUUACUUCAUCAGAUACAAGACGCAGAAGGAACAGGGUGGAUACCCAGCUUCCGUUGGAAGCGAAUAUGGAGCCCCAGCACCAUCUGGCCAUGGGUCAUCUUCAUCUGGUUCAGUUUCUGACAGCUACGGCGCACCAGCACCCUCGGCGAGCGGACCUUACUAAUCAUAUGUUGACAGUACACGACGGCGAUCGUUAAUCACUAUCGCGUAUUUAUCACCGUCAAUUGGCAAUAUGUAACGUCGAGUUUCGGUACGACCCUGAUGACUGCGCUUUUAUGGUUCAAUUGUAGACAGCUAUUUGACUAGUAGCCAGUAGGCAAUAUGUAGAUAUUAGGAAUAAAAUUACAUCAAAGCCGGGGAUAUAGACAACCUGACAUACAGCAAUACAAAAUACUGCUGCAGCUGCCAAAUGUUAAAUAUGAAUGUUGAAAUUUUUGACGAUGAGACGAUGUUUGGAAUAACGAACUAAAGGCAGGGUAACAGACAUAUUAAAAGAACUCGAAAUUUCUUAAUAGCACUGAGUUAAUCAGAGCACAAGGGUAAAAAGUCAAUCAGCUAACGCGGAAACUCAUAAAACUUACUUAUAACCUGUCUCUAAGUACCUUUGUAAUUUUAUAUUUUUUAUAACGUAGGCAGUAAGUCUAAAUAUUAAGUUGUCUAUUUUGUAAGAAAACUUAUGAAAAUACAACGUUUCAAUAUUUAAAAA